GUGAAUAUAUAAAGCCUUUUAAAUCGGGAAAUAAUUUUUGUAGUCGAAGUUUGCUUCUUCUGAUCAUUAAAAAUGAGGAUAAUAAAAUACCUUAUGGGUUGUCCAUAAAAAUUGAAAGAUAAAGAUUCUUAGUAACCUCUCUUCAUUAUUUUUUAGAACCAACAAUACUAUGAAUUUAUGAAUGAACAGUAAGAGAAGGAUUAAUAAACGGAAAGAACGAAAAAAGUAUUUGAUUUGGCACAUAUAAUUUUGUUCAUCGGCCUUUAGUCCUUUUGGAUUUGUUUUCAACUCUAUUCAUAUAAUACAAUUGUGGUGGUUUGACGUCGGAGGUUGCUGCUCCGACGAUGGCUCAAAUGACAUAUUCAUGAUUUCAUAGUGUAGAAAUUGCCAUUAAUGAAGGUGAAGUGUGAAGAGGAAAAUAUGUUCAUAUCUUUGUUAACAGAAGAGCUUCUCUCUUAGAUUUAGAAGAAAACAACUUUCAGAAAAUCAGCAUGAAUUUAGGUCCUUUCGAUUAACAUGAGUCGGGUAUAGAUUUUAUUUUUAAAAAUAGUUUAUUCUAUUGAAUUUGGGACCAUAUAUUAAAUUGAGGGGUAGAUAUAAAAACUUUUUUAACGGUGAGGACAAAUAUAGCUGCAAAGUAUGAUUAAAGUUAAAAUUGAUCAAUUAUUAAAAGUAGAGUGGUAAAUUUGAUUUUUUUUCUUUUAAAUUAAAGACAUAUUUCAGAAUGUUAUGUCCACGGACUCCACACGGGGAAGACAUGUGUUGACAGUACCGAGAACCACUUGUAUAUCUUGUACUUACCUUUCUUUCCUUAUAAGUCUACAGACUCCGAUCGUUACGCUUCUCUGCAACAAAAUCAACAAGCUUUGUAGCAAAUUCCAUUGGCAAAGGUCAAUUAAGUUCUAGCCGGUAUGUCGUCUUCGGAAAAUCCAGAGGUUGUCGAAAGGAUUUUCAAGGACAAGGACAAGGAGGAGAAAGAAGAGAAGAAAGAUGAGGAAAAGGGUGGCUUCAUUGAAAAAGUCAAGGACUUCAUCCAUGAUAUUGGUGAGAAAAUCGAGGAAACAAUAGGUUUCGGGAAACCAACUGCGGAUGUCUCUGGAAUUCAUAUUCCUCAUAUCAAUCUUGAAAAAGCUGAAAUAGUUGUUGAUGUGCUUGUGAAGAAUCCGAACCCCAUCCCAAUUCCUCUCAUUGACAUAAACUACUUAAUUGAGAGUGAUGGAAGGAAACUGCUCUCUGGAUUGAUCCCUGACGCUGGAACGAUCCAGGCACAUGGUUCAGAGACCGUCAAAAUACCACUUAAUCUGGUUUAUGAUGACAUCAAAAGUACAUACCACGAUAUAAAGCCUGGAAGCAUCAUUCCAUAUAAGAUCAAGGUUGACCUCAUAGUUGAUGUGCCUGUUUUUGGUAGGAUAACUAUUCCUCUUGAGAAAAAUGGAGAGAUUCCUAUACCUUACAAGCCAGAUAUUGAUGUUGAGAAAAUCCAUUUCAAGAGGUUCUCUUUUGAGGAAACUGUAGCAGUUCUUAAGUUAAAGCUGGAAAACAAGAACGACUUUGAUCUGGGGCUCAAUAGCCUUGAUUAUGAUCUUUGGCUCUCCGAUGUGAAUGUUGGUGGUGCAGAGCUUGAGAAAUCAGCUAAACUUGAAAAAAAUGGAAUCACCUAUAUUGAUCUCCCCAUAACCUUCAGGCCCAAGGACUUUGGCUCUGCUCUUUGGGACAUGAUCAGAGGGAGAGGCACUGGCUAUUCCAUGAAAGGUAACAUAAAUGUGGACACACCCUUUGGAGCAAUGAAGUUGCCCAUUAGCAAGGAAGGGGGUACAACCAGUUUCAAGAAGAACAAAGAAGACGGCGGAGACGAUGAUGAAGAUGAGGAUUGAAGUUGGAGAUCACUGUCGCGAGAGCGACACUUGUUUGAAGCAUGAGCUUUAUAGAGGAAAUGUCAUCUGCUGGUGGGGGAUUUUUAGACCCCGAAAUAAAUAUAAACUUAAACUUGGAUGUGAAAUAUGUCUGCUUUGUAGGUUAUUAUUGAAUUGUGUCUCCCUGCCUGUGUAACUUAUUGUGAUUGAUAUCGUGCUGAAUUGUUUGUUGUUAUUAUUGUGGUUGAUACGCUA